UGGUAGAAGAAUACGGAAGUUAGUGUUCAGCCAUGUAUAGAAGAAUUACUGCCUCGUGUAUCAUCCUGUUCAUGUUAUUUUCUGACUUUAGAAAUGAAGACCUUGAACGGACAGGAUUUUUGGGGAAAUCCGUCACCUUACCAUCUGGAGUGACUGAGCCUGGAACUAUUGCCAUAAUUGAAUGGUCGAUCUUCACCAACCAAACCUACAUUGCAGGGUUUUCUGGAGGCCAUGUAAAUGUCCCUAACAACCCACGUAUGGAGCUCAACAAAAUAACUGGGGAUUUACUGAUCAGGGACCUGCGCAAGGAAGACAGUGGCACAUAUACAGUCCGUGUGAGGAUUACAGAAGGUCGUCACUGGGUUAAUAAAAUCACCCUCUUUGUAAAAGAAGAGCUUCCAGAACCCAAAAUAACUGUAAUCAACAGCACAGUACAGCAUGGCAUGUGUAACAUCUUCCUGAUGUGUUCAUUGAAAAGUAAAAACACAGUCACCUUUACCUACGGCCCAGAGGGCUUUCCUCAUGGCUGCGAAUUCAAACCUCUGCGCUAUGUUACCGCGGGACAGGAGGCAGAAGCAUGGUGCAGUCCCAUACAGGAUGUGAACAUCACCUGCACUGCUAAUGACAGUGUGAGCACCACUGCUUCCACAGUGACAAUUGGAUGUUUAGAUCCAGUUGAGUCCCCCUUCUCAAAGUGUCCUACCCAUCUUGGAGUGAUAAUAAUAUUGAUAAUAAUAAUAAUAAUUCUUUGUUUCAUUUUAAUGUACAUAAAACGAGGUAAGUAAAUUCAUUCUAAAAAGUAAAACUGUAUUCAUUUAUCAAAGCAAUACAAGGCACUUUUAUAUUUACAAUAGACAUUGCUUUCAGAUGUGCUCCAUUUUAAAUGGAUUUAGUAAAUUAAUACAUAAUUCAUUGUGUUUUUAUUAGUGCUGGGCAAGUUAACGCGUUAUCGCGUUAACGCAGUACUUUAUUAACGCAGACAAUUAUUUUAUCGCGAAUUAACGCAGUUUAUUAUAUUAGUAGUAGUAUUAUUUUGAAAGUCUGUUGCUUGCUGGCUCUGAAUCAGAGCAUGUGAGCGAAGUGGAGCGGAGCGUGAGCGAGGAGCGGAGCCGGCUGAAUUUGGUCAGAGCGCGAAGCGGUUUUUUAAUUAAGGCUGGAGCGGUCGCUCUGUCUCUCCAAUUUCGCUCCGAUACCGCUCACACUACGAUUCUGAGGCGCGCCCAAAUCUACCCAGAAUUCAUCUGUACAAUUAUCAAGACUGUUUCACAAAUUGGAACGAGAUUGAAUUCGCAAAGUAUUUCACAAAGGAAACUAUUAAAUCAUACAAGUGUACUAUUCUUAUCAAACGUAUAGAUGACAAUAAUGUAGAGCAAGAACAAUAAUGUGGUGAAACUGUUUCAGUGAGUAA